CCGCACAUGCGCAGAAGGCCCGAUCACCUGCGUGAAUAAGGAAGUCUAACAGCGAACACUUGAUGUGAAAACAAAAUACUUCAUUCCGAGCGAUCGUCCUCGUUUUCUCGUCCACUUUUAGCAACGACGACGAGACAAAAUGUUCAAAAAGCUCAAACAGAAGAUAAACGAGGAACAAUCACCGCAGAGGAACGCGCAGACACCCCCACAGGCCCAGCCGGGCUCUGUAGAUCGACGGAGCAGCCAAACCCACCCAUUCUCCCAUGAUGGUACUCCAACUCCCAGCGAUAGAGAGCAGUCUCUUAUUGCGGAUGCGGAGAAGUCUGAGGUGCUGGCCGGGAUGAUAGCAGAGCCCGCUUUUCUCUCUGAAUAUACUAUCUUUGCUCUGGACCACUCAAAACGACCCAAAACGGCCCAGGUAGCCAGUGUGAGUACCUCUAAAGGGCCAAACAGGUCGCCCAGAGGAAGCAUCAAUGGGGAUGGGAGCGCAUCUCCACAUAGAGAAGAACCACAGUCUUUUGCUCAAAAACUACAACUCAAAGUUCCCUCAGUGGAGUCCUUAAUCCGUGGUGGCGCCAGCCGCGCUGAACACCUAUUUCGCUCUCCUUCUAAAGAAAGCCUGGUUCGGAGUACUUCUCGUGAGUCCUUGACACAUUUGGGUGAAAACGAAGCGGCUGGCGCCCCCACAUAUGACCCACCUUCGGAUAUCGAGAGCGAGGCUGAGGAGUCACCAGGAAGUGCAGAGGCUCUCUCCAAAGAGCAGCUGCUACAUCGUUUGGUCCGAGUGGAGGCCAGCUUGGGAAAGUAUCGCGGGAAGUACUCAGAGCUGGUCACAGCAUACCGAACAGUGCAACGAGAUAAAGAAAAAACACAGGCCAUCCUCAGUCAAAGUCAAGAUAAAGCUCUCCGCAGAAUAGGAGAACUACGGGAGGAGUUGCAAAUGGACCAGCAGGCAAAGAAACACCUUCAGGAUGAGUUUGAUGCUGCACUGGAAGAGAAAGAUCAGAUGAUUACCGUCCUCCAAACUCAGGUUGCUCUGCUGAAGAAACGAGUUACAGGAGUCUCUGACGGUACUGUGGCCCAUGAGAGUGAGCAACCUGGUACUGAAGAUGCUGACUCUGCAUCAUCCAGCCCGUUGAGGGACCAAGAAGUAGAGCCUGAAGUGCACGAAGAAGAGGGCGUCAGUGAUCCAACUAAAGUCACCGAGGCUCUGCAGAAGAGAGUGAAGAGGCAGGAAAACCUACUGCACAAGUACAAAGAAGUUAUGCGCACAUACAAGGAACGGAGCUCUCAGCUUGGUAGUGAGAAUGAAACUCUGCAAGAGCAGCUGCAGGAGAGACUGCAAGACCUGGAAAGGAUGAAGGAAUUGCACACAACAGAGAAGACAAAGCUGAUCAAUCAAUUGCGAGAUGUUAAGAACCAAAACGAGCAGCUGGAGCAGGACAAGGGCAUGGUGAUUGCAGAAACAAAGCGCCAGAUGCACGAGACCCUGGAAAUGAAAGAGGAGGAGGUAGCACAGCUUCGAUCCAGGCUCCAGUUGGCUAAUUCCCAGAAUGAAGAGCUGCAGGAACAGAAAGAAAAGGCUGAGAAAUCAGCAUUUGAAGAGCUUGAAAAGGCACUGAGUUCAGCGCAGAAGACAGAGGAAGCCCGAAAACAGCUGCAGGUCCAAAUGGAGGACCGAAUGAGGGAAGCGGAAAGAGUUAAUGAAGAAGAGAGGAAGAGUUUGCAGCAGGAACUGACACGGGUCAAACAGGAGGUUGUCACAAUCAUGCGGAAAUCAUCAGAAGAGAGAAUGGCCAACAUGGAAAAAGCCCAUAGUGAAGCUCUCAGUGCUAAAGAAGAGGAGCUAAAGGCCAGAAUCAGUGCGGCUGUGGAGCAGUGCAAAGCAGAGUUUGCUCAGCUCACCAAGGAGCGAGAGCAACAGGCUUCUUUGGCUCUGGAGGAUGCAGAAUUACAGAAGACAGCUCUAAUAACUGAGGCUGACAAUAACGUUAAAGAGCUGCAACAAGAGCUGGAAGCUGCAAGAACCAGAAUAAUGGAGCUGGAGAGUUCCUUAGAGAAGAUCUCCCAAGAUGGAUCAUCACUGUCCCACGAACACUCCACUCAGCUAGACCAGCUGGAGGAUAAACACAAUGAGCAAAUGUCUGCUCUAAAGGAAGAGCACCAGGCACAGCUGGAAAAGCACAAGGACGCCCUAACCCAGCAGCACAUGGCUGCUCUGGAAGAGCUCAAGGAAAAACAGAGGGUUGAAUUGGAGACAUUUCUGAAAGAUAAAGACCUGCAGAUUCAAAUUCACACAGAGAAGGUGAACCAGAAGUUGGAUGCAAAGCAAGCCGAGCAGGAAGCACUUUCAGCUGAGCUUUCUGACGUUGUGAAGAUGAAACAGCUUCUGGAAGUGAAGUUGGUGGAAGUCCAAAAUGAGCAUUGUUUAGCUCUGCAGGAUCAGGUGGCGAAGCACAGUGCAGCGAUUGUAAAUAUAAAGCAGGAGUAUGAGCAGUCUCUUGGAGGAAUUGAGAAAACUCUGAAGGAGGAACUAAAUGCUUUGAAAAUCAUUUUAAGAGAAAAGGAAAAGGAAAUUGAAGUGCUCACUGAAGCAGAGAAAAGCCUAAAAGAGGAAUCCCAUUCCAAUCUUCAUGACCUAAAUGACAAAGCAAAGCAACUGGAGGAUUUGCAACAGUCUUUAUCACAACUCCAGCUAGAAAAUUCAAGCUUUAAGGAAGCGUCAAAUAAAAUCUCAGAUGAUCUUGUUCAGUCUGAGAAAGACUUGACAGAUUUGCAGCAUCAGUUGGAAGCAGCAAAGAAUGACCUUCAACAGAAAGAAUUAUUGCUGCAAGAAUUAGAGCAGCAUUUACAGCAGAGCAAAAAGGAACUCGCUGAGCAGGCGAAAUCACACGCUACAGAACUCAACACCAAGCAUGAAGAGCAUACCCGCCUUCAGAAACAGUUGGAGGAUGAAAAGCUUGCUCAUGAGAAGAAGCUGAAAAACACUACAACGGACAUGGAGGCUAAGCUGAAAACGCAGGAGACAAAGAUGGACAAGUUUAGACAAAAGACCAAAGAAAUGCAAGAUAACUUUAAGAAAAAGCUUCAGCAGAAAGAAGAAUCCAUGAAAAAGGAGCUAACAAAGAAGGAUACAGAGCUUCAACAAAAAGAGCAACAAGUUCAAGAGAAAAUAUUAGAGAUGGCCCAAACAAAUUCCCAAGGCUUGAGCAAUGCUGUAUCAGAGCUGCAAGCCAACCAUUUGGCAGAAGUGGAGAAACUACGUGAUACCCAUACACGUGAAAUCCUGGACCUGGAGUGUCGUUUCCAAGAGAAAUUAGGACAGCAGGAAGAGGAAUCGAUGGAAAAACACUCUCAAACACUGCAAGAAAAGAUACAAGAACUUGAAGAAUGUUCCUUGAAACUUAGCAGGAGCACAGAGGAGAAUGAGCAUGUACUCGCUACAAUGAAAAACCUGAAGGAGGAGCUUGUGCUUCAAGAAACCACAGCGCAAAAGCUGAAAGAAGAACUUGACAAAGCAGUGGUUAAGAUUGAGAGUUUGUCAACGUGUGAAGUGGUGCUGAGAGAGCAAAUGCAGUCCGUGGAGAGGAACCUCGGUCAGGCUAUGAAUGAGCGAGAUUCCCUGCAGGACAAACUCAACACGACAGAGGAAGAGAGCAGAGAGAAGUUAAAGACUCUAUCAGACAAGAUGAAGGAAACAGAGGAGCAGCUCCAAGCCCUUGAAGGUUCCAGACGGGAGGAUAUGCAAAAUAAGUCUGAGGAAGCUGCCAUUCAGAUAAAGGCCAUGGAAGCUCAGUUCCAACAGCAAUUAAAUAUGAUUAGCGACCAAAUGCAGCAUUACUGUAGGGACGUCCAAGCCAAAGUGGUGGACAGGACCUCUGAACUCUGUCAGACAGUUGAAUCAAGAGUCUCUGAGCUAGAAGAAAGACUUCUUUGUAGUCAGAAAAAGAUUGUGCACCUUAAAAAUAUUGUCUUUAGCAAAACAGAUCAAGUUUGCACUUUAGAGGAGAAUCUCCGCCAAAAGACUGAGGAGAAUAACAAUCUAUGCAUUUUGGUAGAACAGGUGACUGCUCAGGUAAAUGCUCACAUGGAGCAAAUCAAAGCCUUAACACACGAGAAUGAGAAAAAUUCUCUGUCAAUCAGUGAAAAAGCUCAGAAGAUUGAGGAGUUGAGUGAAUUGAAUGGAGUCAUAUCAAUAGGUUUGAAAGAAAACGAGUUGCAAGUGAAUAACUUGGAAAGCAUCAUCAGUGACUUGAAACAUCAACUAGAAGGUAAUCUAAAAGACAAGGAGGAAGCCAUACUUGGGCUGAAGCAGCAGCAUGAAGAGGAGAGACAAAAGGCCUUAGCUCAAACAGAAGAGACCAUUCAGAGGUUAAAGCAGGAGCAAGCAGCAGCUUCUCAGCAAGCAGAUGCUCUUCGAGCCAGUCUGUCGGAGAAUGUCAACAUUGUAGCAUCUCUGAAGACCAGACUGGCAGAGCUGGAGCGAGUUAUCUCAGAGAAGAAUGAAGCUUUGCAAAGGCUGACAACGAGUUUUGAUAAUCAGUCCAUCAGCAAGUCUGAAAUGGACCAAGUUUUGAGCGAGAAGGAGCAGAAGGUGAGCGGGUUGACCAUGGAGCUUGAGGACUGCAACCGUCUGCUUGGUGAACUUCAAGAGCAGUUGGACUGUAAGAUUGAAGAGUGUGAACAACUUGCUCGUGACCUCAAGCAGCAGCACAGCAUCCGAGAGAACGAGAGGAAGGAGUUGAUUGAAAAGCUGCAGCAGAACGGCAACUCGGAGCAAGAGAUGGUGAAAAGACUCCACCACCUUGAGGAGGACAACCAAAAGUGUAACAUCCAACUUCAGAGUCAGCAAGAAGAAUUUGAAAAGCUGAAAGGUGAGAUGAUGAAGAGCAAAGAGGAGAGUUUGAAGGAAACCGAGAGGUUGACAACAGAGAGUGCUCGGAAAGUCUCAGAGCUGAAGAAGAAAGCCGAACAGAAAAUUGCUCAAAUUAAGAAGCAACUAACAUCACAGCUCGAGGAAAAAGACGAGAUUAUUACGACUCUGAAGGCUAACCAAGAGGAGCUCAAGAGCAAUGAAACCUCCAGCAAAGAAUGCAUCCAUACAUUAGAGGAGAAAACUAAAUCUCUCGAGGAGCUUCUUGUCAAGCUCAAAGGAGAACAGGCGAGCCAGCUGGCUGAUGAGAGGCAGACAAUGGAGAAGUCUUUAGAUGAACUGAGGAGCAUGUAUGAAGAGAAGCUGGCUGAAAUUUCGACAGAUUCAUUGCACCAAACAGAACUCAGACAAGCAGAAGCCUUUAAAGAGAUUGAAUCAAAGCUCAAAGAAGCGGAGAGGAAAAACGGGGAGCUUUUGGAAGAAAUAAAUACUCUAAAAGAAGAAAUUAGACAGAAAGAUGACCAGUGUAAUCAACAUCAAGCCGCCUUGAUGCAGGUCCAAACGUCAUUUGAGUCCGACAGGAAGAUAGAGUGCAGCAGUCUUCAGCAGGCAAACAGCAUGUUGGAAAAUGAGGUGAAAAACCACUCGGUCGACCCCGAUUCAGACACUUUUGAUUCUCUCAAAAGCAAACUAAAUCAGAUGAAAAAUGAGAAGGAGAAAAUCCACAAAGAUUUCACCAGGUUACAGAAGGACAUCAGAUCAAUGAGGAAAGAACACGAACAGGACCUUGUUUAUGUGAAGAAACAGUUGUUGGACGAGAGUGAGGAGAAACUCAGAUUAGAAUUGGAAGACAUCGAAAUGAAGCACAACUCGGCAAUCAAGCAGUUAAUGAGGGAGUUCAACACACAGCUGGCCGUGAAAGAAAAGGAGAUUGACACGGCAGUGAAAGAAGCCAUUGCUAAGGCCCAAAUUGUAGAGGCGGAGCUUAUCAGUAGCCAUCAAGAGGAAACCAUCCAGCUGCAGAAGGCCGUUUCCCAAAGGGAGGAAGACUUGAACAAAACAGUUCAGAAAUAUGAGCAUGUCAUACAGAGUCGAGAGGAGGAGAUGGGAACCCGAGUGUGGCAGGUCCAAAAGGAACUAGAGGAGCUGAAAGCUAGGAGCCAUGGACCUUCAGAGAUGACCACCGAGGAACUGCAGGUUCAGCUUGCCGAGAAGACCACUCUGCUGAGUGAAGCUCGACUGAAGGAGCAGGGCUUUGUUGAGAGGAUUCACUCGCUUGAGGACAAGAUUAAAUGCUUCCACCGGAACGCAGUCGUAACUCAUCUCGGGAGCACACACAGAGACGCUGUACUGAACAAACCUGAUCCCCUCUCAGAGGCCACUGAGAUGGAGUACUUGAGGAAGGUGCUGUUUGAGUACAUGAUGGGACGGGAAACAAAAACAAUGGCCAAAGUGAUUACCUCCAUGCUCAAGUUUCCUGCAGACCAAGCUCAAAAGGUUUUGGACAAAGAGGAGUCAAAAGUAAUGCAUUGGUUGAGUGUCUGAGCAAGUCUUUGAGAUGAAAACUACACUACUGCUGCUGCUGAAGGAGAAGAGGAUUUCAUCGAACCCUUCUCGCUGCAUUACUUAUGUUAUAUAUAUGUGUGUGUGUGUGUGUGUGUGUGUGUGUGUGUGUAUGAAGGAACGUAUGCAUGUGUGGAUUGCUACACUUGAAGUGUGCCGUGUGUAUGGUGCGGAAUGUGUGAAUAAAGCUAAAAAGUAUGAGGGACAUAUACCAGAAACGCAUAUCUUCCAUGAAUCCGCAUUUUACUUUAAGAUGAACUUCUAAUGUUUUAGACCCCCGUGUCCUCCUUAUUCUUGAAUGUGUUCAUACGGAUUGGCGUGUGCAAUAAAUGAUUCUGUUAUCACAUAUCAGUGCUGAUGGUUGCUUUAUAGGUUUUCUUGUGUUGUGCUGUCAUCUGGCCCCAUUCCUUUGCAAAAACUGUAAAUGACCCUUUAACUGUGUAUUCACCACAUAUUAAGGUAGCGCCCGUUUUUCCUCCCCAUGCAUUAUAUUGUAUUUCCAAAACCCACUGUAAUUUGUAUUCAAAAUUGUACUAUAGGGCUCUAUAUGACUUGCUAUACGUUUUCUGUAUAACAGAUUAAAUCUUAUUUA